GGUGGGGUCAGGUUCCCACGCGGAAGAGACGAGCCUACAGAUUCACCAAUAAAUCAAAAGAAGGCGCGAGCGUUGGCGGAAUUACCAUAUUUAUCGCAUAUGUAUCUGUUUUUAUAUGUUUCUGUACAGUUACACGUCGGCAUUAAAGUAUCUGAUAUGUUACAUUUAAUUUAAGAGGCAGAAACAGAAGAAUAACAGCUCGCGCUGUGUUUACAACAAUGAAAGUGUAAAACCGCAGGCGCACGUGCUCUGCAAGGACCGAAGAAUCCAAUAUUAUCGUCGAUAUUCUCAGUUUUUUGCCAUCUGCAGUGUUUCUUUUACCUCUUCGGUGACGACAUUAGCCGCUGACAGAUGGAGAAGGAGCCUUUGCCAACAGAUGAUGACAAGACAGAAACCACAGAGUCCGAGCUCAAUGGCUACGCUGGUGAGGAGAGCCAGCAGGGCUCGACUGAGCCCGCCGCUCGAGCAGGAUGGAACAGUAAAGUAGAGUAUUUUUUGGCUCAGGUUGGAUUCAGCGUUGGGCUCGGAAACGUCUGGAGGUUUCCAUAUUUGUGUCAUCAAAAUGGAGGAGGAGCCUUUCUCUUACUGUAUGUGCUGCUGAUGCUGGUUGUGGGCAUUCCCUUGUUCUUCCUGGAGCUGGCAGCCGGUCAGGCCAUCAGACAGGGCAGCAUCGGAGUGUGGAGGUACAUCUCACCCAGGCUUGCAGGAAUCGGCUACUCCAGCUGUGUGGUGUGUUUCUUCGUGGCUCUCUACUACAAUGUGAUCCUUGCCUGGAGUCUUUUCUAUCUCGGGAACUCAUUCCAGUACCCUUUACCUUGGGAACAGUGUCCAAAACAGGGGAAUCUAACAGUAAAAGAAUGUGAAAAGAGCUCCCCCACAUCGUAUUUCUGGUACCGCAAAGCUUUGGAUGUCACAGACUCGAUUGAUGAGACAGGCUCUUUCAACACUUACAUCGUCUGCUGUCUGCUGGCGGCCUGGACCAUUGUGUGCCUGGGAAUGUUCAAGGGUAUCAAGAGCUCUGUCAAGGUGAUGUAUUUCUCCUCCAUCUUCCCUUAUGUGGUGCUGUUCUGCUUCCUCAUCCGAGGACUCAUGCUGGAUGGGGCCUUAGAGGGAAUCUCCUACAUGUUCUACCCCAAGCUGGAAAUUUGGGCAGACAUACAGGUGUGGCGGCAGGCAGCAACGCAGGUCUUCUUUGCCUUGGGCCUUGGCUUCGGAUCAAUUAUCGCCUACUCCUCCUACAAUCCCAAAAACAACAACUGCCACCGUGAUGCCUUCACUGUCUCCGCUAUAAACUUCCUCACGUCUGUGCUAGCCACUCUAGUGGUGUUUGCUGUGCUUGGCUUCCGUGCCAAAGGAAAAGUCGUGGAAUGUGUAGUCAGUAAUAUGGAGAAGUUAUCAGAUCAUCUUCACAGUGGUGAUGUGGACACAAUCCUGAUUCCACACUUCAAUUUUUCUGAUCCCGGUUCUGUGUCUGUCGAGGACUACACUGUCUGGUUUAAACAGCAUGGACAUGAUGUCCCUGGCAAUUUAACAGAGUGUGACCUGGAAAAAGAGAUGCAGAAGGGUGUGGAGGGCACAGGUCUUGCUUUUAUUGCCUUCACAGAGGCCAUGUCACUCCUGCCUGGCAGCCCGUUUUGGUCAGCGCUUUUCUUCCUCAUGCUACUCAACUUAGGACUCAGCACCAUGUUUGGCACUAUGGAGGGCAUCCUCGCCCCACUCACUGACCGCUUCAAAACUCUGGCCAAAAACAAGACCAAACUCACAAUUUUCAGCUGCAUCAUUGGCUUUCUGAUUGGCCUGCUCUUCACCCAACGUUGUGGGAACUACUUUGUGAUGAUGUUCGAUGAUUACUCUGCCACUCUGCCCCUCAUCAUUGUGGUGGUUUUUGAGACCUUCAGUGUGUCUUGGUUAUAUGGAGCUGAUAGGUUCCUUGAUGACAUUGAAGGGAUGCUGGGCUGGCGUCCCCAUGUGAUUUACAAGUACUUGUGGAAAUACAUCUGCCUUCUUGCUAUGCUGGGGCUGCUGGCAGCCACCACCAUCCGUAUGUUCAUCACACGCCCCACUUACAUGGCAUGGAACCAAGACAAGGCUUCUGAGGAGUACCUGAAGUACCCUGGCUGGGCUCUGGCUGUCAUGGCUCUAUUGAUCAUAUUUGCCAUGAUGCCCGUCCCAGUGGCAUUGAUCCAUGCUGUUCUCCAGGACAGAACAAAGCUAACAUCCAGAGAUACAGAGAUUGGUCGGUACAGCAUUGUUAACACAGAUGACAAGUGUGAAACCCCAAUGACUGACAUGUCAGACCUGGACCAAAGGAGCACGACCGCUGCUUCCUUUUCGUAAACACUGGACAUGAUGUUAUACAAUGUGGAAUUGGCUGUACGCAGUCAAAAUCUUCAGUUCAGUUAUCUCCGCUAGCUUUUAGUGCAGCUGUAGCACAGAGAGCAACUGUGUGACUAUAUUAUAUUCCUUAUUUGAGUAUGGAAAAACCUUUUCCACUUGAAUUUCAAACAUAUCCAGAGGAUAAUACCCUCUUUUUAAAAUAUGACAAAUGGAACUUUUGUUGUGUAAUAUGGAAAAUUUGGAACAAAUUACUGCUGCGUGGUAACUACGAGGUAGAAUUUCCGACAACUGUUGAUUGUUACAGUUAGUUGUUGUCCAGAUGUGCAAAAACAAUGUUUCUGAGUUGUCAGGAGAAGCCAUAGACAUCACAGCAUGUCCUUGCCUUCUUAAUUAUGCAGUAUAGCAUUUUUUGUAAAAUAUUCAGCGCUUCAUUCGUCCUUUUUUCUUUUCACUUUUAUUAAAGCACUCGUGUCAGAUGCACCUAGUCAUUUCAAGAAUCCAGUCAUGCCACUGUGACAGUGAAUGUCCCCAAAAUGCUGUCACCAGCAACCAUUCACUCCUCAUUUUGUUGAGGACAGAAUUACAGCUAAUUACGGUUUAAAGUCUCUUCUGCAUGUCUUUAAAGCUUUGUGUUGUUUUUUUUUUUACCCAGCUUAAUUUUCACAGCACAGUAAAUGAAACAAUUGUUGAAAUAUUGUUUCAGGCUGGGCUUUAUAUUGAGAGUUAUGAUUUGGGUUGAGUUACAAUGUAAAAAAACUGAGCCUGAAUUAAAACAGGAUAAUCAUGGUGUUGUGAGACUGUUACAUCAGGAAAGAGUUAAUUCAGGGUGUUGAUACUAAGCACAGCUAUUGGGUGGAGUGUUAAUGCUAAAUACUACACAGAAGUUAUUUAACUAUGUUUACAAGUGAAAAACCACGAGUGACUUCAGUAUCAACUGUACGUGUACUGUCUGUUUGCAGGUGUAUUGUGCAGCAACACCGUUCAUACUACAUGUAUGUUAAAAUGCAUAUUAUGUCACAUAUGUCUGUUCAAACCAACCUGAGAUCCAACAGCUGAUAUACAGUAUCUGAGGAUAAAUUAUCAGACUCUUAAUGUUUCCGUCAUCCUGUUAUGUGCAUUUCUGUGAUGUCACAUUAGCAACAAAGCCAGUGUAUUUGGGGAGGGAGAGAGGGAGGGGGGAUCAGAGCUACAGUGUUGUGGAUCACAUGGGAACAAGGAUUGUCGUUCUGCCUGCGGUCUGAUUCUUGUGGAACCGGUGUGUCAAAUGACAACAUAGGCAAAAUCCUAUUUGUAAUGUAAAUAUGUGUAUAGCACAAGUAAAAACUCAUUAAGAGCAUGUGUAAUUGAAAAUGUGUUCGUUUUAGAAUUAUUGAAAAUUUGCAUGACACAUUGUUUUGGGUAUAGGAGGAAACUAGUUCAUGUUUGACAAAUGACUCCUUUACUUUGGAUUUUAUGUGGAUGUAAUUAAGGUGUAAAAUUAUUUUCUUAGAUUUAGUUGUUUGGUCAUAAUUGUCUUGUUUGUGGUAGCCAUUUUCCUAAGAUGUAUUUUUUUUUUUACAUUUUCACUGGAUCACUAUCAAAAUGAAUCAACCUUAAAUGCUGUUGAAUGUUUGUACCUAAACUAAGUGCCUGCAUAUUUAAUGGGGCUGAUUGAACAAAAUCAAAAAUGUAUUGUUUUAAAAAGACAUUUCUUUUUAUAGAUUCCCUUUUUAAUAGUGUAUGUAGUCUGUAUAAAAUGAUUUUUUGAGAAAAUGUAAUAUAUGCCAUUGCAAUGUAAUAUAUUUUGCUAUUUUAUUAAAAAUUUUCUUUCUGCACUACUGUAUAUUGAAAUAUUCUCUACUUAAAAUUUCUGCUGCAUUUUAGUUUUAGUUGUUCGAUGGUUUUCUAUAUUACAAUUUUGAGUGUUGAUUUUAAGGAUAUUUGUCUAUUUCCUUUAAAUAGGGCUCUUAAUCAGAGUAUAAGUAAAAUUCAAACCUGUAAAUAUAAGUGAAUCUUUUUCCUCAAUUUUGAUAUGAAUUUGUUAAAUGCCUUAUGUUCUGUCAUGGUAUGUAGAGUCUGGCUGUCUGGUGAUUGUACUUAAAGUUCGAUGUUUUGAGUCCAUUAAAGUGAAAGAGAAAGCAGGUAUUUAAAAGAAUCAUUCUGUUUCAGAUGUAAGCGAAAACUGGGAGGAUAAAAGGCAAGAAUUUUAUCCACAUGUUCAAAACCAGAUGGAUGUGGUUGAGUUCACGCCUUUCAUUGCUGUCAAGAAGCAACAGAUAUCACGAGUCAGAUAGUGAUUGAUUGUUAUUCAGCUCAAGCAGUGAUGUUUGAUGUCUCUGCUUUGGAAUGCACAGUACACAGUUCUCUAGUUAGUGUUUCUUAUAGGAUGUCUCCACCCAAGUAUUUGGAGGUUAUAUAACUUAAUUAAAAGCCCCUGGAGAUGGCAGUCCUCUACGGAGUAAAGAGCGUUUCUGCAGAAAUUGUCUCACCAAAAAGCAAUUGCUGUGUACCGCUGCCCAUCUGCAUCAUGAUCUGCCUGGGAAAAGCUGAAGCACGUCAAGACUUCUGCCAGUGUAAACAUCUGAACAGCUGCAUACGAGGACAGCAUGUAGAGACAAUACGAAACCGAAUCUGUAGGAUUGGGAAAUGUUUUGAACUCUUCCCAGCUUUGACUGACUGUAGGUAGAUUUCUGUAAAAGUCUGACAGUUCAUAUUAGCAGAAUAAGUGCAGGUGGCCUGAAACUUGAUGUUCAAGGCUAUCAGGACGGGUGUUGAGCCAGCUGACCUAUUGUAGCUUUCAAAACACUGUUUUGACUGUUGGACACAGUGAACAGUUGGCACAUGUCUUUGUUUUUCUUUCAUAUCUAACAGUCCUUGAGAAGUUUGAGUGUCCUUGCCAGGCUGUGCUGUGCAGACUAUAGGAAGGGAACACACACCGCCCUUACUAAAAAGGGUUUCACGCUAGCCAACAAAUAUCAGACUGUUAUGUUGACCUUAACCUUAGAUCUCCAUCUUCAGAUCUCCAGAUUGUUUGUUAACACUGAAGAGUAAAGUGAAAUAUAAUUGUCUAUGCAUCUAAAGAAAAAGCCUACUUCAUUAUAAACACUAUAAUUCAGAAGUUUUAGGAAACUGGGCGUCUGUCCGAGCCAUCAUUAGUAGUUGAGUGAAUAAAUUAAUUUCACUAAAGAUAACACUGGAUAUUUUGUCCAGACUGUAAACUGUAUGGUUAUUUUUCAUAUGUAUAUAAAGAACUAAUGGUGUAGGUUUUAUGUUUGCAUAAUAGUUUGAACAUUCAUUUGGAUGUCAAAUAAAUGUAAAUUCUGAACACUUUCUGUUGGAGGACCUUGGGGCAGUACAUUUAUGUGCCAGUAGGGAGCUCUGUUGCACUCAAAGUGUUUCUCUCCUGAACCGUCAAGUAACAGUAGCUUGUGUGUCCUCUGCAAAAACAUUUCUGCCCCUGUUUGGUUUGUCAUUUUUAUAUUAGAUGGCUUUUUUUAAAAUAAAAACAUUAUUACUAGCUAUGAGCGAACAAUCACUGUCCUCUCUCCAAGGUUCCUUUUUGUCUUACUACAAAUUCAAGGUGCCUGGGGAGUUCAGUUGUCUUGGAAGCGGUCUCACUUCAGUCAGGCAGAGAAGGCAGAGAAGACAGGACCAACACCCGGCAGAGAGAAACACGUCCUCGCUUCGACCUCAGUAUAUUUUCAGUUGUAGGUGUACCAGUGGCUGACCCACAUGGCGGGCCUCGCAGCUCUCUGCCUGCUGUUGGUGUUUCCCCUGAGCAGCACCCAGAGCACCCUCCAGUCUGAGCAGGAGAUCAAUGCCCAUCAGGCCCUCGCAGCACCUCCUCCUCCUCCUCCACCACACAUACGUGACCUGCUCAGAAAAGAGGAAACCACUCAUUUAAAUGCAAAGCGAACAUAUGCCCAUGUAGACAAAGAUAAUGCCAAAGUGGGUCUGUUCAUUGCUGCAGCCAUGGGAACCUUCGCUCUUAUGGCUGCAGUGUACUGUAUUUACAACAAGUUCUACACCAAACAACAGUACCUGCACACCCAGCUUAAUGAUGACUCAGAUUUAGCUGACCCCAUGGACCCUCCCCCAGUGUUUUUCCACGCCUCCGCUGGCUCCAGUGCAGUAGAUGUGCGGAGAGCUGGUUAUGGCUCACUCUCGGACACUCCAUCCAUCAUCUCCGUGCCACCUAGCCUUUCUCCUCCUCCCUCUGCCAUGCCCUUCCCUCCCCUCUUCCUCUCCUCUCACUCUCUGAGAACUAUAUCGGCGAAGGAUCUGGAGAAGAGCUGUAUGUGAUAUUGAAUGCUUAAGUUGGCAGCGUGAGACUUUUGAAUAACAGUCAAGAACAAGAAGUAGUUAUUUAAAUAUAUGCAUGUUGUUCUCCAUUAUCUACACACAUCGCACAAAGUCUUAUUUUUUGCAGGCAAAUUCAGCUGAAAAUGUUUUCUUAUAAAAAAAGCAUCAAUUUCAAACCUGAAGAAUGGGUUUGCACCUAAGUUUUCUGAACAGCAUCAUUUGGUGACAGAAUAUACAGGAGAGUGAUUUGAUUUAACUGCUGUGAUAUGUUAGCAGAAGUAUCUCAUCCACCUGCUGCAAUUGCCAAACCUGUCACUUACAACUAUUAACCAUGAACCGCCCGACAUAUUUCCCUUUCCCUACCCAUAACCACCACCAAAUCUGACCUAAAUAUUUGCCUGUGCAUCACAACCAUGUAUGUACUGUAGUCAUUUGUACCGUAUGUGUGUACAGCUAUAAUAAACUAGAUCUUUCCUGCACCUUAUCUAAUACCAGUAAUCCUGUCAGUAGUCAUCCAGUAUCCUACCAGAAGAAAUAAACUGCCCAGAGAUGAAAGAAA